AUGUUUGUCGACGAUCAAGAGCUCAAAGACAUAGACGUCGAUUGGACUUCAUUGCCGUUGAGCGAAGCUCUUCAACGACGCAGGGAAGAAUGCGAACGAAAAGCCAGAAGGGGCGAAAUGGACCCUCGGCUGGAGUUCACUUUUCAGUUGCUCAUCGACAGCACCGGUUUGCCAAGGAAUUCCGUGAUGGACUAUGUGUUCGAAUCGAAUAUGCUGGACCAAAUCAACGAACUGUUCUUGCCGCACGGCCGUCCGAAGCUCAUGUGGUUCUACCAAGAAGUGGAAAUCGACGAUUCGGAUUCGCUGGAAAUGGUGCAACUAAAACCGUCGACCAGCCGCACGCUUCAGCUACGGCCAAGCUUGGCGGCGAGACCCAAAAAGAAAAAGCUGUUCCUCACCGACGGAUGGGAAGUGGGCCUGACCGGUAUUUGCAUUUACAUCAUCCGGCUGAACACCACCAAGCAGUUGCCCGAAGAAGGAUUUCACAAAGACUUGAUAUGCGGUACACUGGACGCCGAAAACAAGGGUCUGGUCAAGAGCGUUGCCCGGAUCAUCGAGUACGUGUUCAUACCGGCUUUGGCCAUACCUCAGGCGGGCGACGAACUCGGGGACGACCAAUCGGAUUGCCCUCUGAUCAAAAGCCAGCUGCUGCCCGAGCUCCGGUCGUUUUGCAGUUCUCUGAAAGUGUGCGAAGAAGUGUGCGACCAACCGAACAUAUUCGCCGACGGGACGAACCUGAUAGCGAGAGUGCCCACUUACAAAGAAGCCACGCAAUUGGCCACCAACAGGGAAGAGGUGGUAGCCUUGGAGAAGCGCGUGACCAACUGGAUCCGGAGAAUCCGCGAGAUUUUGCUGGAAGACGAGAAACUGCAGUACGAGAGCGACACCAGCGGGCCGCAAGACGAAUUGGAAUAUUGGAAAAAGAGAGGCGCUCAGUUUUCACAAAUAGCCGCCAAUCUGGCGUGGGAUGAAGUGAUUAUGACCAUUUGCUGUUUGCAACGGUCCCGUUCCCGGAUGGUGGACCGGUGGCGGCGCACGGACAACCAUUUGACGUUGUGCUACAACGAAGCAAAAGACAACUCCAAGUACAUCCAGGCGCUGGAGAAAUGCUGCCAUUCGCUUUACCUGGACAAUCCGGUAAAGAUGAGAAACUCUUUAGUCCGGAUGCUGCAGACCGUACGGCUCAUUCACGACGUGUCCAUGUUUUACAAUACCACCGAAAAAAUAUCGUCGCUCAUGGUCAAAAUUACCAACCAAAUGAUCGAGAGCUGCAAACAGCACAUCACGAACCGAAACAAAGACACCAUCUGGUCGCAAGACCGGACGGUUCUCGUGGCCAAGUUAAACGAAUGUAUUAUGUUGAACCGACUGUACCACAGGACUUACGAGCGGGUGAAACACCACCAAGGGGCGGGCAGGCAGUUUAGUUUUUCGGAAAAUUAUGUUUUCGGCAAAUUCGACUUGUUCUGCAAUCGAUUAGGUAAAAUACUCACGUUGUUCGAUACGGUCGACGAUUACAACGGGCUGUUCGAGCGAAGGAUGGAAGGACUCUUGUUCGGAGAAGCUUUGGACGACGCCGUGAGGACGUUCGAAGAAGCCAAGUUAGUCGUCAUGCACAAAGGGUACGACUACUUGGACCAGAAAAACAGAGAGUUCGACCACGACUAUAGGACGUUUUUUGUCAUGGUCGAAUCGCUGAAAGACAGCUUGGCGCACGUCAUCGAAACAAACUACAAUUCGGUAUGGGAAACCGGACAGGGAAUAAAGUUUCUUGACAAAUUCGAAAAAAUUUCCACGAAAGUACCGGUGACAAAAAUGGACAUUAAAUACAGUCGGGUGUUAAAGUAUUGCGAGAGUCAGAUAGACCGAACGCUGAAACUGUUCAAAAAGCGAAAGGGAAACCCUCCGGUGCCUAGGAAUUAUCCUCCUCUUUCGGGGCGUAUCGUCUGGGCGAGGUCGUUACGACAACGUUUGAGCUAUCUGAUGGACGAAGCGACGGGUCAUCCGGUUUUGAAAAUGAUGCCUGAAAUGACGGACGUGCAGAAGAAAUUUGCCACCAUGUCUUCGGCCUUGUCCGAUUACGAAGAGGAAAUAAAAAAUAUUUGGAUAAAUCAUAAUGUCCGCGUGAUCGAUUAUUGUUUGGAAGAGCAUUUGCUGAAAUUCAACAGUUCCACCAACAUGGUGUAUGUGAACUUCGACUCGAGAAUGAAUUUACUCAUAUUGGAAUCGAGUUGUAUGAUGAAAAUGGAGCUGCCCGUUCCCAUUAUCACUAAAGCGAUAUAUUUCAAAAAGGACCAUUUCACUCUAGUGUGCGACUCGUUACAGUGCAUGUUAAAUAGAAUGCGGAAAGUGUCGAGUAGCAUCAACAUGGACGUGAGACCACUUUUUGUUACUCAGCUUGUAUGGCUUUUGAACCUCUUGACGCCUGGCCUACAACAACUGGAUUGGACUAGUGCCGGAUGGAAGACGUUCGUAGACGAAACUAAUGCGGCUAUAUCCAAAUUCCAAAUUCUGGUCACUAGAGUUCACGACGUUUAUAGAAAUCGAAUACUUCAAGUGCUCUCUUCGAUGCACAACAUCACACUUUAUACGUUUCCAGAUGACGACACUACGUGGACCGCAGAAGAAUUUUUGGAAAGAACCGACGAAACGUGUCGCUUAGCCUCCAUCGAGUUAAACCGCAAGAGUAUGCUCGUCGAAGAAGCCGUGGAAGAAGUUUUGAAUCUCGUCCAACAAGCCAACGAAAAAGUGACUAUACCAAAGUUGACGCACGAACCUAGUUUUAAGGGUGUGCCAGAUGCUCAAGGAACGGGCGAUACGACAAAACAAGACGGUGUUGACAACCAACAGGAUUGGAGCACCGUGUGUGAGUUUUUCGAUAAUCCAUUCGUGUUGGCAGCGUAUGAGUUACCUCCGACAGUUUACACGUUGGCCAACAGUGCGGUCAAAGAAAUGAGACGCUUCUACAGCCGAAAAGUGGUCGACGUGCUCAUUAAGAUAACGAGGCAUUCGAUCGAAGUCUUAAGGAAGAAGUUCGCCCAAGAAGCGGGAGAGUGUCCCGUUUUCGAAGUCAACGCCAUACUGAUGAUCCCGUCGAUCGUCAUACGUCCGGACAUUGGUGAACUCCAAGAGAUGAUGGUGCAGGCGGGAAAAAUGAUGGUAGCCGUAGCUAAAGGGGUCGGCCAAUGGUCUGGAAACAAAAAGACAAAGAGUCCGGUGGUCGUAGCGCCCGUCCCCGAAGACGGCAGGGCCAAACGCCGGAGACUGUACAAGCUGGCCUCCGAGAAAAGACUCACGGUUCCGGUGUUGCACAGGAAUUUUUAUUUUCACGUGACGGAAAACAAAGAAAUCGUCAAGGCGCUUUCGAUGCUUUCCACCUGCGUUCAUCCUUUAAAAUCGGUCCUCACCGAAUUUUUGACCAUUUGGGCUCCUUACAAGACGCUGUGGAACAAUAACUUGUCGGCAAGGCGAGAUUUAUCGACGGUCACACUCGUCGAUUCGGAAACCUUCCUACAGAAACAUUGCGAACUCCUGGAACGUUUGAAACUCGAACCGGAUACGUUCAAACUAGGGACUUGCGUCCUAGUGUCUGUCGAAAAACUGAAAUACGGAUUGACCAUAGAAGUGAAGUCGUGCAAUCGCCGCAUUGGUCAACUGUUGCGUAAAAAAUACCACCGUGAAAUGGACUAUGUGUAUGCGGUUAUGAACGAAAUGGAAAGGAAGCUCGAGAGACAAAUCCGAGACCUGGACGACAUUCGAAUGGUCAUAGAGACGUUGAAAAAAAUUCGCGAAAACGAAGUGGAUAUGGAACUCAAGAUAGAGCCGAUCGAGGAAGCGUUUAAUGUGCUGACUCGCUUUGACCUGCCGGUGGACAAGGAAGAUUUGGAAUUGGUCGACAACGUUCGGUACUGUUGGCAGAGAGUUUUGACGCGGGCGAUGGACAUGAACUUGUAUUUAUUAGAUUCACAACCGCAACUGCAAAAAGAGUUGGCCGAAAAUUUGAAACACUUCAAAUCGGAUUGCGUGCAGUAUUGCCACGAGUACAGGACGUUGGGUCCAAUGAUGCCGGGCCUUUCUCCAAGAGAAGCCUCAGACCGACUCAUCAUGUUUCAGAAUCGCUUCGACGGCAUGUGGCGCCGUUUGCAGUCUUAUCAAAGCGGCGAAGAACUAUUCGGAUUGGAGACCACGGAAUAUCCGGAACUCGUUCAAAUCCGCAAAGAACUAAAUCUUCUCCAAAAGCUCUACAAACUUUACAACGACGUUAUAGACCGAGUCAGCAGUUAUUAUGACAUUCCUUGGGGUGACGUCAACAUCGAACAAAUUAACAACGAGCUAAUGGAGUUCCAAAACCGAUGUAGAAAACUACCCAAGGGACUUAAGGAAUGGCCGGCGUUCCACGCGCUGAAAAGAACCAUAGACGACUUUAACGACAUGUGCCCGCUGUUGGAGUUGAUGGCGAACAAGGCGAUGAAACAGAGACAUUGGCAGAGGAUAAUGCAAAUCACCGGCUAUAACUUCGAGCUGGAAAGCGAAGGGUUUUGUCUUAAAAAUAUUUUAGAAGCGCCGUUGCUCAAGCACAAAGAAGACAUAGAGGACAUAUGCAUUUCGGCUAUGAAAGAAAAGGACAUCGAAGCGAAACUGAGACAGGUAACUAACGAGUGGUCCGUGCAGGAGCUGACCUUCUUGACGUUUAACAACCGCGGUGAAUUGUUACUCCGGGGAGACACAACCGCGGAAACCAUAGGCCAGCUCGAAGACAGCCUGAUGAUUCUGGGGUCGUUGAUGUCGAACAGGUACAACGCUCCGUUCAGGAAACAAAUACAACAGUGGGUGUACGAUUUGUCCAACACCAACGAAAUACUGGAACGUUGGUUGUUGGUUCAAAACAUGUGGGUGUACUUGGAAGCAGUGUUCGUCGGAGGCGACAUAGCAAAACAGCUGCCUAAAGAAGCGAAAAGGUUCAGUAAAAUCGACAAGUCUUGGCAAAAGAUAAUGCAACGGGCUCACGAGACGCCGAGCGUUGUAAUUUGCUGCGUCGGCGACGACAUGUUGAAACAGCUUCUUCCGCAUCUUCAAGAGCAACUCGAGUUAUGUCAAAAGUCUCUGAGCGGAUAUUUGGAAAGAAAACGCACCAUGUUCCCGAGAUUCUUUUUCGUUUCCGAUCCGGCUUUGUUGGAAAUUCUGGGCCAAGCUUCGGAUUCGCACACGAUCCAAAACCAUUUGCUGUCGAUAUUCGACAACACAAAAGCGGUGAAAUUCCACGAAAUCGAGUACAAUAAGAUGACGGCCAUCAUUUCGACCGAAGGCGAAAUCAUACCGCUCGAGAGGGCGGUCAGGGCCGAAGGAAGUGUGGAGACUUGGCUAACAAGCUUGCUGCAAACGUCCCAGCAAACGAUUCAUUCGAUUAUCAGAUCGGCCAACCAUCAGAUGAGCGAUUCCAACUUUAGUCUGUUGCCGUUUUUAGAAAAAAUGCCCGCACAGAUUGGGAUUUUGGGCAUUCAAAUGAUUUGGACUAGGGAUUCGGAGAUAGCGUUGUUGCACGCGAGGUCAGACAGAAAACAGAUGCACGACACCAAUAACAGAUUUUUAGAACUGUUGAACACUUUAAUUGACCAGACCACGAGGGACCUGACUCGCAUCGAACGCACCAAAUUCGAGACGUUGAUCACAAUUCACGUUCAUCAAAGGGACAUAUUCGAUAUAUUGUGCCGUCUUAACGUGCGGUCGGUGAACGAUUUCGAAUGGUUGAAACAAUGUCGGUUUUACUUCAAAGAAGACAUGGACAAAACGUGGAUAUCCAUAACCGACGUCAACUUUAACUAUCAAAACGAGUACUUGGGUUGUACCGAACGACUCGUUAUCACGCCCCUCACAGACAGGUGUUACAUAACGUUGGCACAAGCGUUGGCCAUGAGCAUGGGCGGGUCGCCCUGUGGACCGGCGGGCACGGGCAAAACGGAAACGGUAAAAGAUAUGGCCAAGACGUUAGCCAAAUACGUGGUGGUGUUCAAUUGUUCCGAUCAAAUGGAUUACCGAGGGCUGGGGCGGAUUUACAAAGGUCUCGCGCAAUCCGGCACGUGGGGUUGUUUCGACGAGUUCAACCGCAUAGAGCUGCCCGUGCUGUCUGUUGCGGCGCAGCAAAUAGCCGUGGUGUUGUCGGCGAAGAAAGAGAAGAAAAAACAAUUUACCUUCACAGACGGCGACGUAAUCGAUUUGUGUCCUGAAUUUGGCAUAUUUAUUACCAUGAAUCCGGGCUAUGCCGGCCGGAAGGAGUUGCCGGAAAAUUUGAAAAUACAAUUCCGCACCGUCGCCAUGAUGGUGCCCGACCGGCAAAUCAUCAUCCGCGUGAAAUUGGCCAGUUGCGGAUUUCUGGAAAACAUAACCCUGGCUAGGAAAUUCUACACGCUGUACAAACUGUGCGAGGAACAACUGACCAAACAAGUGCACUACGACUUCGGGCUUCGGAACAUCUUGUCGGUGCUGAGGACUUUGGGAGCCGCGAAACGUGUCAACAACAAAGACACCGAAAGCACAAUCGUUAUGCGCGUACUCCGGGACAUGAACCUUUCGAAAUUAAUAGACGAGGACGAACCGUUAUUUUUGUCUUUGGUCACCGACUUGUUCCCGAAUCAGAUGCUCGAAAAAACUGCCUAUCCCGAGCUAGAAGAAGCCAUCGAAAGCCAAGUGCAAGCCGAAGGACUUAUUUACCAUUCGCCGUGGGUUUUGAAAUUGAUUCAAUUGUACGAAACCCAACGCGUGAGACACGGUAUUAUGACGCUGGGCCCUGCCGGAUCCGGUAAAACGUGCUGCAUUCAAAUUCUAAUGAAAGCUCUGACCAUAUGCGGAGAGCAACACAAGGAAAUGAGAAUGAACCCGAAAGCGAUUACCGCGGCCCAAAUGUUCGGUCGACUGGACGUGGCCACUAACGAUUGGACGGACGGAAUAUUUUCCGCGUUGUGGAGAAAGACUUUGAAGUUGAAAAAAUCGGAACACGUGUGGCUGGUGUUGGACGGACCCGUGGACAGUAUAUGGAUAGAAAAUCUGAAUUCCGUGUUGGACGACAACAAAACGCUGACGUUGGCCAACGGCGACAGACUGCCGAUGGCGCCAAACUGUAAGAUCAUUUUCGAGCCUCACAACAUCGAUAACGCGUCCCCGGCGACAGUUUCGCGCAACGGCAUGGUGUAUAUGAGUUCGUCCGGGCUGGACUGGAGUCCGGUGGUGGCGGCUUGGCUCAAGAAAAAAAAUAGACGUGAAGCAAAACUGUUCCGUCGUCUGUUCGACAGCACUUUUGCGAACGUCUACAAUUGGACAGUGCAAAAUUUAAAUAUGACCAUGAAGGUCUUACAGUGCAACAUCAUUCAACAAAUGCUAUUGUUGCUGCAAGGGUUAAUUCCGAAGAAACCGGAAGAAGAAAAACAAGAGGAAGAAGACGAAUUCGAUAGUCAUAGUAGCUCUGCAGAAGAAGAUGAAGGCGAAUCGGAAAACAACCGAAUGAGACCAGACGACUUGUUACCCAGUAAAAUCCAUCUGCAACGUCUAUUCGUAUUCUCGUUGGUAUGGGGACUAGGAGCUUUGCUGGAAACAGCGGAUAGGUUAAAAUUCCAUACCUAUUUAAAUGACAAUUUUGCUUCGGUAUUGGACCUUCCCUCGUCAACAGCACAACCCGACGCUCAAGUCUUUGAUUUUUUCGUUACCGACGAAGGGCAAUGGGACCAUUGGAAUACCGUCAUGGCGUCGACCACACAAGCCGAAACAUCGAGUGGUUCUGAUUACAGCCAAGUGUUGGUUCCGAUACUGGAAAGCGUCCGAAUCACUUAUCUGAUAAACACUAUUGCCAAACAAGAGCAACCGGUCUUAUUGAUCGGCGAACAAGGAUCUGGAAAAACGGUAAUGAUGAAAUCGUACAUGAAAAUCUCCAAGGCGGAUCUUUAUUUGAACAGAUCGUUCAAUUUCUCUUCGGCCACGAGUCCCUAUCAAUUUCAGAAAACCAUCGAGAGCUACGUGGAAAAGAGAUUGGGAAACACUUUCGGUCCGCCGGGUGGCCUUAAAAUGAUAGUGUUCAUCGACGACAUAAACUUGCCCGAAGUCAAUGAAUGGGGAGAUCAAAUCACAAACGAAAUAGUCCGGCAAACAAUGGACAUGAAGGGAUUCUAUAGUUUGGAAAAACCAGGAGAGUUUUACACGUUAAACGAUAUACUCUUCGUGGGCGCUAUGGUUCAUCCGGGUGGUGGAAGAAAUGACAUACCUUCGAGACUUAAACGCCAAUUCAGUGUAUUUAACUGCACAAUGCCGUCGGACACGUCGAUUGAUAAGAUCUUCCGCGUCGUCGGCGAAGCGCAUUACAAUGCGAAACGAGGAUUUCCUUUGGAAAUUCGAAACUUGGUCAAGAAGCUUACACCCAUCACCAGAGAACUUUGGCAUCGAACCAGAAUGACCUUAUUGCCCACGCCAGCAAAGUUCCAUUAUGUUUUCAGCUUGAGAGAUUUGUCUCGGAUUUGGCAAGGAAUGGUCGGAACGUUGAGCACGGUCAUAGAUUCUGCGAAAAUAUUGAUAAUGCUAUGGAAACACGAGACCACUAGAGUUUUUUCCGAUAGAUUCACUUCGGCUACCGACAAAAAUUGGUUUGACGCAGAACUCAAGAAUGUAGUCGAAGCGAGAUUAGGUGUACAGUAUACCGACUUGCUCGUGUCCGAUCCUCCCUUUGUUGAUUUUAUGAGAGAUGCACCCGAACCUACGGGAGAAGAAGGCGAAGAAGCCGACAUGGAACUGCCCAAGGUCUAUGAACCGGUUAUGGAAGAGGCUCAACUGAGGGAACGAUUGGAAAUGUUUUUGUCUCAGUUUAACGAAAUGGUCCGCGGCGUCGGAAUGGACCUGGUGUUUUUUCCUGACGCCAUUUUCCAUCUAGUCAAAAUAUCGAGAGUGAUACGCCAUCCUCGUGGUAAUGUAAUGUUAGUGGGCGUUGGCGGAUCAGGAAAGCAGUCUUUGACCAGAUUAGCUUCGUUCAUAGCUGGUUACAAAACGUUUCAAAUUUCAUUAACGAGGUCCUACAACAUAACAAAUUUUUUGGAAGAUCUUAAGCUAUUGUACAGAACGUGUGGCGUUCAAGCUAAAGGAACGACUUUCAUUUUUACUGAUUUGGACAUAAAAGAAGAAGGUUUUUUGGAAUAUUUGAACAACAUAUUGUCUUCGGGCGGAAUAACCAAUUUAUUUACAAAGGAUGAACAGUCAGAAAUAAUAUCUGAACUGACUCCUAUAAUGCGACGAGAAAAUUCCAAACGAACGCUAAACCAUGAAAUUAUAAUGGAUUACUUUUUAACCAGGACGUGUCAAAACCUUCAUAUUGUUUUUUGCUUUUCCCCGGUGGGAGAAAAGUUCAGAAACCGAGCGCUUCGAUUUCCAGCGCUUGUGUCGGGUUGCACAAUCGAUUGGUUUCAACCAUGGCCCAAGGACGCUCUCGUUCAGGUGGCCGAACACUUUUUAUUAGAUUUCGACAUAGAGUGCACAGCCGGAGUGAAAAGAGAACUGGUCGACGCCAUGGGCACGAUCCAAGACAUUGUAGAUCAUACGUCUAGUGAUUAUUAUCAGCGAUUCCGCCGAGCCACUCACGUGACGCCCAAGUCCUAUUUGAACUUCAUCGGUGGAUACAAGAGUAUCUAUCACCAGAAGCAGAAGGAAUUAGGCGAGGGCGCUCACCGCAUGGACACCGGGCUGGCAAAAUUAGAAGAAGCUUCCAUUUCGGUAGAACUACUCAAGAAAGACUUGGACGUGAUGGAACAGGACUUGGCGUACGCCUCUCAAAAAGCAGAAACCGUACUUGUCGAGGUGACCGAUCGAGCCAGACAAGCCGAAAUAGUAAAAAACCAAGUGAUGAAAGUCAAGGUGAAAGCAGAAGCUCUGGUCGAGUCCAUAGCCAAAGAGAAAGCUAUAGCUGAAGAAAAACUAGAAGCGGCAAGACCUGCGUUGGAGGAAGCCGAGUCUGCGCUGAACACUAUAAAACCGGCGCACAUAGCCACGGUUCGUAAACUCGGUAGACCUCCGCAUUUAAUCAUGCGCAUAAUGGAUUGCGUUUUGAUAUUAUUCCAACGAAAAGUUCAUCCGGUCGUGAGCGACACGACAGUGAGAUGUCCGAAACCGUCAUGGCCCGAAUCGUUAAAGAUGAUGGCAAGUACUACGUUCUUACUUCAAUUGCAAAAUUACCCGAAGGAUACGAUCACCAACGAAAUGGUAGAACUACUGCAGCCGUAUUUCAACAUGGACGAUUACAAUAUGGACACCGCCAAAAGGGUUUGCGGUGAUGUAGCAGGUUUGCUGUCGUGGACGAAGGCGAUGGCGUUCUUUCAUAGCAUCAACAAAGAAGUCUUACCACUGAAAGCUAAUCUGACGCUGCAAGAAGCUAGACUGUCCAUAGCAAUGGACGACUUAUCUAAGGCGGAGCUUCAACUUCAUGAAAGAGAAGUAGCGUUGAACGAAGUGAAAAGUCAAUACGACGCGGCUGUCCAAGAGAAGCAAAGACUUACCGACGCGGCGAACGUGUGUCUGAGAAAAAUGACAUCGGCAACCGCCCUGAUCAACGGUUUAGGAGGGGAAAAGAUCCGGUGGACCCAACAGAGUAAAGAUUUCAAAAAGCAACUCGGACGACUUGUGGGCGACGUCUUGUUGGCAACCGGAUUUUUAUCGUACUGCGGACCUUACAAUCAAGAGUUCAGAGCAAAUCUGGUUCAAAAGUGGAUGAACAUAUUGACAACGCAAAAAGUACCGUUUACCACCAAGCUCAACAUAAUCAACAUGUUGAUAGACAAUUCGAUGGUUUCGGAAUGGACGUUGCAAGGUUUACCGAACGACGAACUGUCCGUACAAAACGCUUUAAUAGUGACCAAGUCGAGUUCGUAUCCACUACUGAUCGACCCACAAAACCAAGGGAAAAUGUGGAUAAAGAACAAAGAGUCGUCCAACGAACUGCAGAUAACGUCGUUGAAUCAUAAGUACUUCCGCACGCAUUUGGAAGACUGUCUGUCUUUGGGCCGACCUUUAUUGAUAGAAGACGUUGGUGAAGAGCUCGAUCCUGUGAUCGAUAACGUGCUCGAGAAAAAUUUCAUCAAAUCGGGAUCUAUAGAGAAAGUCGUUGUCGGCGACAAAGAAACAGACGUGAUGCCAGGGUUUGUGUUGUACAUAACGACAAAACUACCAAAUCCCGCUUACUCGCCCGAGAUCAGCGCCAAGACUUCGAUUAUCGAUUUCACCGUUACCAUGCAAGGACUCGAAGAUCAACUAUUAGGCCGAGUGAUAUUGAUGGAAAAGUCCGACUUGGAAGCCGAACGAGUAGCGUUGUUCGAAUCCGUCAUACAAAAUCAACGGUCCAUGAAGGAGUUCGAAAGCAAUUUACUGCACAAAUUGUCUUCCAUUCAAGGUUCGUUGGUGGACGACGAAGAUCUGAUACGAGUACUGCAAGAAACCAAAGCCACCGCCGAAGCCGUCAACGCCAAACUGAAAGUGUCCGAACAGACUGAAAUCAAAAUCAUGAAGGCCAGAGAAGAGUUCAGAGCGGUGGCGACACGUGGGUCGAUUCUGUAUUUCUUAAUCGUCGAGAUGAGCAACGUGAACGUCAUGUAUCAAAACUCGUUGAAACAGUUUCUGAUGUUAUUCGACAACUCCAUAAACAAAUCCACCAGGAGUUCCAUAACGGAAGAACGGAUACAAAACAUUCUACAUUACUUGACCUACGAGGUGUGGAAGUUCACCAUGAGAAGUCUGUACGAACGGCACAAGCCGCUUUUCACGCUCAUGUUGGCGAUGAAAAUCGAUUGCUACAAACAAACGAUAACGCACGAAGAGUUCAUGACUUUCAUCAAAGGCGGAGCGUCUUUAGACUUGAACGCGGUCACUCCGAAACCAUUCCGGUGGAUACUAGACAUCACUUGGCUGAACUUAGUGGAACUGCACAAGUUAAACGUGUUCUCCAAUCUUUUAAACAAAAUAAAACAAAACGAAAAAGACUGGCGUGUUUGGUACGAGAAAGAAAAACCGGAAGAAGAGGACAUACCUUGUGGCUACAACAAAUCGCUCGACGUAUUCCGGAAGUUGUUACUGAUCCGUUCGUGGAGUCCGGAUCGUACUCUUUCGCAAUCUCGGAAAUACAUUAUGGAUUCCUUAGGGCCGGAAUACGGAGAAGCGUGUAUUUUGGAUUUGGAGAAAACCUGGGAAGAAUCUGAACCACAAACGCCGCUGGUUUGCAUUCUAUCGAUCGGUUCCGAUCCGUCUCCUCAAAUCACUGCGUUGGCUAAAACAAAAGAAAUGCAAAUACGUUCCGUGUCCAUGGGCCAAGGUCAGGAAAGCCACGCGAGAAAUUUGAUAUCCGACAGCAUAGCCAACGGCGGUUGGGUAUUGUUGCAAAACAUGCAUUUGUCACUUCCUUUUUGCACAGAAGCAAUGGACGCGUUGUCGGAUUCCGAAGAAAUACAUCCGAGUUUCCGGAUGUGGAUAACCACCGAAGUCCAUUCGCAAUUUCCCAUUGCGCUUCUACAAAUGGCUAUUAAAUUUACCAACGAACCACCUCAGGGAAUUCGGGCCAGUAUGAAAAGAACCUAUCAGAACAUAAGCCAAGACAUGUUAGACUAUUCGGCACAACCACAAUGGCCGACUCUCCUUUACGCCGUAGCUUUUCUCCACACUAUCGUACAGGAAAGGCGAAAGUUUGGCCCUUUGGGUUGGAAUAUACCGUACGAAUUCAAUCAGGCGGAUUUCGCCGCCAGCGUGCAGUUCGUGCAAAAUCACCUGGACGACAUGGACCCAAAAAAGGGAGUUUCGUGGCCGACCAUUUGUUAUAUGUUGGGCGAAGUACAAUACGGCGGCAGAGUCACCGACGAUUUCGAUAAGAGAUUAUUGAUCACUUUCACUCAAGUGUGGUUCUGCGAUGUGCUAUUAAGGCCGGGAUUCGAGUUCUACAGGGGUUACAAGGUGCCCUCAAAUAGAAACAUUCAGGGUUGCACCGACUACAUAAAUAGUUUACCUGUGACGGAUUCGCCCGAAGUGUUUGGUCUUCAUUCGAACGCAGACAUUACGCAUCAAAUAAACACUGCCAAAGGAAUUUUGGAUACGAUACUGAGCGUUCAGCCCAAAGAAGGCGGUGGCGGUGGAGGAGAGACCCGGGAAAGCGUCGUCUAUCACCUGGCCGAGGACAUGCUAAAGAAGUUACCCAAACAAUACAAAGACUUUGAGGUAAAAGAGUCGUUGCAGAGGAUGGGAGCAUUGCUGCCGAUGAACAUUUUCCUGAGACAAGAAAUAGACAGGGUCAAGAAAGUACUCGGUAUCGUUCGGAAAACCCUUUGCGAUUUGAAAUUGGCUAUAGACGGUACCAUAGUCAUGAGCCAAGGGCUGAGAGAGAGUCUGGACGCUAUGUACGACGCUAGAAUUCCACAAAGGUGGCAAAAGGUGUCUUGGGAAUCGGCAACGUUGGGCUUUUGGUUUACCGAAUUGUUGGAGCGCGACAAUCAAUUCCGAAAAUGGAUUAUCAGCGGACGACCGAACGUCUUCUGGAUGACCGGGUUCUUUAAUCCCCAAGGAUUUCUCACGGCCAUGAGACAAGAAGUGACCAGAGCUCACCGCGGAUGGGCGCUGGAUUCUGUGGUGCUGCAGAAUCUGAUAACGCGACACAACAAAGAAGAGCUCAGCGAUUCGCCGCCGGAAGGCGUGUACGUUUGCGGCAUGUUUUUGGAAGGCGCCAGUCUGGACAGGAAGACGGGCAAGCUGGUGGAGAGCAAGCCGAAAGUGCUGUACGAACAGAUGCCGGUGAUUUAUAUAUUCGCCAUCAACACGACCGCCGGCAAAGACCCCAAACUGUACGAGUGUCCGAUCUACAGGAAACCGCAGAGGACCGACCUAAAGUAUGUCGGGUCCAUCGACUUCGAAACCGACAACAAUCCGAGGCACUGGACGUUGAGAGGGGUGGCCCUCCUGUGCGAUAUUAAAUAAUAACUUUACUUGAUUUAAUAUCUAGGGGGAGGGGGUACUAAAAGUUGUCUUACUCUUCAAGGAGAAGCAAAUGAAUCAUGAAUAAGUUUUACGGCACCCAUCCACUCCUAUCCCGAACAUUACACACUGGACAUAUUCUAAAAACACCUGAUUAUAAAAAUAGUUAAGAAGGGCUGAUAAGAAUGGAUGAUGAGAGAUAAUAAUGUGUGAUAAGAGAUAAAGAGGGUUGAUAAGAGAUAAGGAUGGCUGAUAACUGGGACAGAUUUUAAUCUUACUGUAAAGUGUUUUGCAAAUUUUAAACUGACUCCCGGCCAUAGAAAAUAUUUAGGAUAAUAGUAGAUAAACUCGAUGAUUCCCCCUCCCCCUGAUACAGGUAAUACAACAAAUACGGUUAACCCAAUAGUUUAAAGAUGAAUAAAUUUCCAUUUCUAGAUGAUUAUUGUAACAAUAUUUUUAAAUAAUAAAUAAGACUCAUUUUGGCUUUUUAAUGUAUUGAAGAAAUAGUAUGUAUAAAAUAUAAAUAGUUUUAUUGACAAUAAAUUUGUUUA